AUGUUCAUUAGAACUGGAAAAUAUUUGUAUACGGAAAUGAGUGAGCUUCAGGAACGAUUCAAAAUAUUCACGAAAACAUUUGUGUGCCAUUUCGCACUGAUGUCAAUGCUGCAUUCAUCUAUGAUUUACAUGAUGAUGAAUUACGACGAUAAUACUGCACUUGCGAACAUAUUUGUGGCCAAGGAAAUAGCCUAUUCCGUCGGAAUGUAUUCGUAUCUGAUCACGAUCUUCUCUACGUCACUGAAGAUGCCAUUCUUCGCAUUCAUAAUUGAGAUAUUCCUGAUUGCAGAUGUCGCAAUACCGUUGAGACCCGUGAUACGCAAAUCCACGUUUCCAUUGGUCCUAUCGUCAUUUGCAUUCAUCGUAUCAUUCUACCUCGAAUACAAAUCGGACUGUAAUUUCAUCAAAUACAUGCAGAAUACCUAUUCUGGAUUCACUCCCCAAAUCGACACAUUGACAGACACAUCCUACUCGAUCCUAAUGUUCGCAUGCUUCUACUCAUCUGUCCUGAACUACUACAGAAUCUGGUAA